AUAGAUAACCUACAACGUCGUAAAUAAAUUCCGCAUGUUAUUACGUCUGCGAAACGCUAUUUUUUAUGAUAAGUUCACGUGUUCCUUCUUAGAUACACAAAUAUAUAGCUCGCAAAUAUUCUCGUUUACAUUUUAUCAACUAUAGAUGAUGUAUAAUAGCGCGUAACACAGAGUGCAUGUAACGAUCGCGCAUAAUAGCUGUCAAAUAAACAAUCAACCUUUAUGUACAAAAGGAAUCGUUUUAUUCGAUUGGCACAUUUCAAUUCCUUGAAUAUGUCACGGGAGGUAGUCCUGUGGCAACACGUUUCUUUUUUCACAAUCUCGUUCAUCGCUUAUUCCAAAUACCUGCGCAAUAUUUGCUUUUAUGUAGCGCGACAAGACGGUAGAAGUGCAAUAGACGAUUGCGUAGACGAGUCGCCAAAGCCGGCGCUUGUGCCUCAAGAUUUAUUUAUAAUUAGACACAUUUUUACAGGACUUGUUUGUCUACACUAAUCAAUCCUCUUUUGCGUAGUAUUGAUUUCUCUGCAAUAAAAUUUGAAUGAUUAGAUAUAUAAGAAUAAAAAUUUAUAUUGAAGUUAUUUCUAAUUAUUAUCCUAUUUAAUCCUAUAUAAUUUUACUAGCUCCAAUUAUAAUUAUACUAAUAGGAUUUGCAGCAAGUUUUUUACAAUUUUAUGCAUCUUGUUUCUAAGAGCGUUAAUGUUUAUGCUAUUUCAUUCGAUGAGAUUGAUCAAUGUAUGUACAGUUAUUAUCAAUUUAAAUUACUUGAGAAUCAAGUAUGUAUACAAUUAAAUUAAGUGUCACAAAUAGAUUUCUGCUAAUGAUAAUAAUGCCUUAAAGUUGGAGAAUCAUUUUAUAUAUCUCACUUUGCUCUUUUCACUUUAUUGACGGUUGUAGCCUGAAAAUUUAGCUUUCACGCAUGCUUCUUUAGAUACUUUUCAAAGUAAUUGAAAAUGUGUGUAAAAAUCAAUCUACAGCCAAGAAAGAAAAAUCUCUUCUAUCGAUAUGGAUAUGUUAUCUUGAUGCUUGCAUGCAUGGUAUUUGCUACUAUUCAACCACAUAUUGGUGGAACAAACGGCAUAAUAAAUGGUAAUUUUAUUAUUCGCUGUUUCGCUGUGCCUUUGAUGUAUUUGGAAGCUGGAUUAUUGUGCGAUCCAAAGUCUCUUUAUUUGACAUUGAAGGAUGGCUAUCUCCUGACAUUUGUGAUGGUCUUCGUGUACAUUUUGAUGCCUUUUUUAGCACGAAUCGGGACGUACCUAUUGACCUACGCGAAAGUUAAUGUAUGGCUACUCAAAGGGAUGGAGGUACUUUACUGCAUGCCACCACCAUUUAGUACGGGUCUUGCUUUGUGCCGUUUGGCACAGGCUGAUUUGCCUACGAGUGUAAUUACCACGCUAGUAUCGCACUUUGGAGGAUUAUUUUUAUCUCCCAUUUUGCUCUAUUUAAUGUUAGGAACAUCUACUCCACCAUUAGUUGGGAUUAACAUCAGAGAGACUAUAUACAGCACACUUAUUCCAUUGGGAACGGGUAUCAUUCUACGGAUGUUUAUACUGAAAGACAAGUGCUUGAAUAUUAAUACGAGUUGGUUUUCUCAGGGUUUAUUGCUAACAAUAGCGUAUCACUGGUUUUGCGAUGCUGUUCUGGUUGAUGCUUCAUCAUUGCAAGCGGUGGAUAUACUGUUUUGCGUACUUAUUGCAUGCCUGGGCCAGCUUCUUCUUAGCAGUCUGUGCUGGAUCUUGUGUUCUCAAUGGAUGCCACGGAAUAUUCUUCUAGCUGCAUUAUUUACUAGCACUCACAAAUCUGUUAGUCUCGGUGGUUGGAUCUUGCGUGGAGCGUAUCACGGCUCGGCUCAUGGGCCAGCAGUGAAUUUACCAUUGACGAUUUUACCCGUUGCACAAUUGUUGUUAGGUAGUUUAUUAGCCAGCUGGCUGGCGCCGUAA